AUGCCGCCGCCCACAGCCGCCGUCAUGACGCCCGUGACUUCUGUGCCGCACCGCCACGGCGGGUGGCUGCCCAAGAACCGCGCCGUCAUGAUCGACUGGCUCAAGAACCUGGUCCGGGAGAUUGACAGGCGGGACGAAGCACCCCUUCUCCCCAACGAGGUCGACGAUCUUCGAAAGCUGAUUGAAAGCCGUCCCGACCUGCGCAUGCUGGCGUCGGCCAUGCUCUCCGAGGUCCCGAACAAGGAGCCCUACAUCAAUGACCCCGUCGGGAACAGGCAAAUCCGGGACAUCGACCACCUCCUCCAGCUCUUCGGGGUGGUCAUGACCGAGAAGGCCCCCGAAUGGAGCCAGAAAGGCUACGACGUAGGCCUCAUCGGGUUCCCGUUCAACACGGUCCUCGACUGGCCCAUGGCCACGCCCAGCGGCUACGCCUUCUUCCUCAAGCCCGAGGUCAACGAGAAGAUGCAGGCGAUCCUCAACGCGUGGCGAGACGAGCUCCUCAAGACCUCUGACUCGCAGUACGUCAUCACCACCGAGGAGAACAAGUGGCUGAGCCCGCCGGCGCUCAAGGCCAUCGAGGACGACACAAACGUCGACGGCAAGGAGCGCAAGUUCCAGGACCUCUUCGUCUGCGAUCCCGUCGCCGACCCGGUCCACUGGGGCUUCACCAGCUGGGACUCGUUCUUCGUCAGGCAGUUCAGAAACAUCGACACGCUCCGCCCCGUCGCGUCGCCCGGGUCGCCCGAGAUCGUGGCCAACGCGUGCGAGUCCAAGCCGUACGCGAGACAGACAAAAGUCAACAGGCGCGACAGCUUCUGGCUCAAGGGGCAGCCGUACUCGCUGUCCGAGAUGCUCGACGGCCACGCCUGGACCGAUACCUUUGUCGGCGGCACCGUCUACCAGGCCUUCCUGAGCGCGACCUCGUACCACCGCUGGCACUCGCCCGUCGCAGGAAACGUCAUCCGGACAGCAGUCCUCAGGGGGACGUACUUCUCGGAGCCGACAAUCACGGGCUUCUACGACGGCAACACGCCCGACCCUGCCGCGCCGGACCAGGCUCAGGGGUACAUCACCCACGUCGCCGCCCGGGCAAUCUUCUUCAUCGAGGCGGAGCCCCCCGUUGGCAGGCUGUGCCUCAUCUUUGUCGGCAUGGCAGACGUGUCGUCGUGCGAGAUCUUGAAGAAGUUCAAGACGGGUAAGCCUACGCGCGUCGAGAAGGGCGAGGAGAUUGGCAUGUUCCACCACGGAGGCUCGACUCACUGCGUCUUGUUCCGCAAGGGCAUCAAUGUUGACUUUGUUGCGGGGGCUGAUCCCGAGACGGCCAAGAAGAACCUUGCGCUUCGGGCCAAGCUGGGCACAGUGACGGUGGUUGGCGAUGCUUGA